AAAAUGCAAAUUCAUCCAAAGCCUCAUAAAUUGAAUUAGGGCUAGCGCCAAAGUUUUCCACUGCAUACGUCUUUCAAUCGAUCGGGUGAUACGUAAAGUAGUUAUAAGUACAAGUCAAUUAAGUUUUUGUUUUGCCAAAAGGCGUAGUUAUAAUAUAAAAUUGAGGGUAUUCUUAACGAAAAUAAAUAGUAAUGAUUUACAAAAUGUCAUGACGUAUAUUAAAGUUAACUACCCGUCUCACAGACGUCGUUAUCGAUCGUUGGAGCUGUUGUGAAUUAAAGGAAACGUGGAAAUUGGCGUCUGUUGCUGUAAUACGCUGUCAAAAUGGCGUUUUCGUUGCGAAAAAUGUUUUCUAACAUAUCUUAUUUCUCGAAGUCAGGAGAUCAUACCAGUCCCGAUGGAGACAUUACUGGAAGUCCUCAAAGACGUUACGUUAUAAGAGAAGCGUCAGAAAACAUCGAAAUCCAUCCUACAGAGCCAGAUUCAACUUCAAAACACCUAGCAUCUAGUCUCAAACUUCCAGAAUCAGUUAAAAAAUUCGCUGCGAAAAAAGGUUCACUAUCAGAUACCGACCUCCUUACCAUCAAUGAUGAAUCAAAAAGCCGUAGUCGCAAACCCAAGUCUUUAAAACUGGAUAUUAAGAAAGCUAGUCAGUCUAUGACGGACUGUUUCACGCAGACAGACCGCUCCUACGUAGAAAAUACACCAAAACACAUUCUAUUGGAGUGCAAGAGUGCGGACUUGUUUAGUGAGAAGUUUAAAUCUUUGAACUUCAGUCGGUCAUUUGAAUUUGAUUUAUCUUCGGACUCCGAACAAGAAUUAGACAUAGAAUCGUUGUCCGAAUGCUCUGAUACAGACCUAUCUGUGAAAGAAGAAGAGACGUCAGAAAUAAAAAUGUGUAGGAAAGUGGAAUCAAGCUGUGAGACUGAAAUUGUUCCGUCGGUCACUCCGGAGUCCUUCGGUGAUGUCGAAUUAGACCGAAGUGAGGAGCAACGUAUGGAGCUACUGUUCAACUAUGAAAUGCGAUUUGAAAGAGUGGAAUUAGUUUUAAAGAAAUUGUUGUCCGAAUUCCAAUUUCACAUUGACGUUUGCAAACUGUUUAAUGAGCGGUUUGUAGUCACUGCCCGGCCUGGCACCGAUGUUGCUUCUAUACCAAGCAAAUACGGCCAAGUACAUUGUAUAAACAACGUUAACCGUGACACUCCAACCGAAUACUGGAACAUAGUAAUGCAGAAAGAAGAUAAUUAUGCUAAACAGAAGUUCCGUAGCGUUAUAGAAUCUAUACAACAACAAUUACUCACAUUCUAUAAAGAUUGCCUUGAAAUUCCUAAACCACAGAAAGUUAAAAAACCAAUCAAACGUAGUACAACAUUUGAUUUACACAAAGGGAAACGCAUGCACAAAAGUAUUAAAGUCUCAAAUAAGAAACGCAUCAAGCACUUUGAUUUUCCAGACUACCGGGAAGCGUUCCUCAAUCUAUUCAACAUGGAAACCGAUGAGACGGACACAAAACUCAACCAAUCAGACGUAGACAAGUCCUGUGUAUGUCAAUGUCACUUGUCUCUUAACCAAUCAGACAGUGGUCUGACAACGAAGACGGAAAACUCCAAUCAAUCAAUAACAUCAUCGAUCGGUAACUUCAGUUUAGAUUCCACAACGUUAUCCGCAUACUCUGAAUCUCUAGAUAUGAUUGUAAGCUACAAUAGUUUCGACGAUUCAAGCCUAUUUACUACACUUCUUCAAAAGCCAGCUAUUGAACGCAUAACCUUCUACGUACAAGUCCACAGUAUUCAACUCAAACCGGAAAUAACCGAAAGCUUUGAUGGUAGAAACUCAAUUAAAUUCUACUGCCCCGCUUGUGAGACGACAGACAACGAAGAAGAUGGAUUAUUAAAACACAUUUUGAAUCAGAAGCACUGUGAAAAAAUACAUUUUCUGUACAAGACUGCGUAUAUAAAGAAGUGUGUGAUGGCUGGGAAGGAAAUACAGCCCAGUACGGUCUUGAAUCCGAUGACAAUGUAUCGAGAUGAUAACAAAAUUGUUUGCUUUGGAGACGCUAUGUACGCUUGCUCACUUUGCUUUGAAAACUUGAUCAUCGGUGAGUCCAUACUCAUGGCUCACUGUGCAGAGCCAGUUCAUUUGCAACGGAGAGAGAAAUUGUAUGAAAUCUUUGAAUAGACUACGGACCUACGGUUGUAAGGGUGAUCGCUUCUAUUGACUAUCGGUCAGUAUCUCUUCUUUUUCUAAGACUUGUUCUUGAAUCUUUAAUGAAAGUGCUGUUCAGAUAUUAGUUUAUUAAUAUUACUUUUUUAUAUACUAAAUAUAACAAUAAUAAUUUUUUUUGAGUGCCAUAAUCAUGAUUGAAAGCAAACACAAAACAUUUUUAUCUGAAAUUGAGAAUAAUCCUUCCUUUUAGUGUCCAAACCGCAACCCUCGUUUGGAAUUAUAAAUUAUUACUUAUUUUCUUACAAUGGCUGUCAAAAGAUUGAAUAAAAAUAUGUCACUUCAUAGCCAUCCUCAAAAAAACGUUAUUUCAUAAAAAAAACAAUGCUCUAUGUGCCAAAUCUUUAUCAAAAACCUGAUCUAUUUAAAUUUUUAUAUGUACAACUAAACACUUUUAAUAAUAAAUCUAUUCUUGCUAAAAAACUACUCAAAAAAUAUCUGAACAGUACUUCUCCCCUUAAAACAUGACAUUUUAUACCAAUUUUGUUUCUUUUCAAAAAAUCUAUUCUCUAAAUAUUUUUAUUCUGAAUCCCAGUCUUUUUUUGUUUAAACAAAAAAUCGACGUUUUAAUAUAAAUUAGUUGUUAGUCGUAAAUUCGGUGCUCGCAUAGUUCAUUUUGUGUUCAGUAGGUAUUUUCGCUAAACCAG